GACACAAACGGGCGGGACGGACGCGGCGCAGCGCCAUAUGAAUAGAGGCCUUAGCACUGGAGUGGUCUGUGAGGUGGUCAGUGAUUUGCGGCAGGCCAGCGGGCCAGCAGACUCGCUGUUCGCGUCUCUUGUGUGCGUUGCCGUGGCGCGCUUCUGCCAGUGCCCCGUGUGCGAUUCGCCUCGCUAGAACAGCGCCCCCCGCCCUGUAACGAGGGCUUGGAUCGGAUGGAAUAUAUAAACAUAGGCGACACUUGCCUCUGAUAUUUCUUUUCUUUCCUUUCUUUCUCCAGGCUUGCCUCAUCCGGUUUCCUUCGUCAGCUCCUCCCCCACUCAUACGUCAAUCGUCUCUGCGCUGGCCGCAAGACAUACCGUGCUAUCCUACAUUCUCCAACCCCACAGUCCAAAAGCUUUUGAACAGCCAGACGCAAUCACUUUUUCUCUAUCUCUCUGCAUUCCAACUGGGAACCCUAAUCACGAUCACAAUGCGUUUUUCAACAAGCACCAUUAUUUCCGUUUCGUUGCUCGCGGGCACCGCCGUCGUCGCUGUCCCCGUCCCGUGUGACCUCGCUCCGGGUGGGUGCCAGCUGUCGGUUCGCCAGGCUACUUUCAGUAGUACCCCGCUCACGUUGCAGCUGUCGCGCGAGUACGGUACUCCUUUGCUGAAAGUGAACGACGCCAGCGACCCAUUCGGCAUCAAAGCAUCGACCGCGUGGAUGGGUUCUGAUUUCGACCCGUUCGCAUCACGCGCAGGCAAGUACAAGCGCCCUUUUAACAAGUCCGGUUUGCAGAGCAGCGGUGGCGUAUUCAAUGGCGUAGGCGGCAACCGCCCCAACUCGUUUGGCUCAGUGUUUAUCAGCAACAACGCGGGCGGCAACACCUUUGGGCGCGUCACAAACGGUGCCAGCCGCGGAGAACAUAAAGCCGCUACAAAGGGCAAGGAAGAAAGUAUCCGCCACAUCCACAUUGAGAGCAGCGUUGGGGGCAACAAAGGGCAUUUGCGCGUCAUGGUCGAGCAGCUCAACAAGAAGAUGGACUCGAUAGCAUCCCAGCUGUCCCACAUAAGCCACAUCAUUGCGCCCAGCAACACGUCGUUGCCUACUCAAACGCCCACGCCGAGCCCGAGCGAAAAGCAGGCGGCAACCUCGAGCUCGAGCACGGCAACCCCGUCCGCGACGUCAAGCUCGCCUCCCGCCAAGCCGGCCGAGAAAGAAGGAAAGGACAAGGAGGAGCAGAGCAAGCGCAGCAUUAUCGAGCAGCUCGACAAGUGGUGAAGGGAAGGGGACGUGGACAUGUAGCAUACAGCAAUAGCACAGUAAACCCAAGGAGGCUGACGAGUUAAAAGAGCGCACAGAAGGUGGCGCUUGAAAGGUGCUUCGGACUCGGACUCUUUGAUGGCAUAAGGGCCACGCUCCGGUACCGAUCGAUAGAGUAUGUGUAAUUUCA